AUGUUGACCGCGACGCGUGUGGUUAGCCGAAAGGCGUUAGAGUGCUCCGGUACCGAAUUCUACACACACAGAAAUUUCUCCACAUUCCUCAGAAGUACCGCAGCCCCCACAGUACCUAUUUACCAACGCCAUGUACAACACAGGCACAAAUCCGAGGGUGUUAGGGGUGCAGUUAUCGGCAUUGACUUGGGCACAACCAAUUCUUGUGUGGCCGUCAUGGAAGGAAAGACUCCAAAGGUAGUAGAAAACACAGAGGGUUCAAGAACAACGCCUUCCCAUGUAGCGUUUAGCAAGGAAGGUGAAAGGUUGGUGGGUAUGCCGGCCAAGAGACAGGCUGUGACCAACAGCGGUAACACCUUCUACGCUACCAAGAGACUGAUCGGAAGAAGAUUUGAUGAUCCCGAAGUACAGAAAGAUAUGAAGAAUCUGUCAUACAAAGUUGUCAAAGCAUCAAACGGUGAUGCCUGGGUACAAGGCAGCGAUGGCAAGGUAUACUCUCCGAGUCAGAUCGGUGCCUUUGUACUGAUGAAGAUGAGGGAGACAGCCGAAGCCUAUCUCAACACUAAUGUGAAGAACGCAGUGGUCACAGUACCAGCAUACUUCAACGAUUCCCAAAGACAAGCCACCAAAGAUGCCGGUCAAAUCGCCGGUCUGAAUGUACUCCGCGUGAUCAACGAGCCUACAGCAGCAGCCCUGGCCUACGGAAUGGACAAAACCGACGACAAAAUCAUCGCUGUAUAUGAUCUGGGAGGUGGUACCUUCGAUAUAUCUGUACUCGAGAUACAGAAGGGUGUGUUUGAAGUUAAGUCGACCAACGGAGACACAUUACUCGGUGGAGAGGACUUUGAUAAUGUUAUUGUCAAUUUCCUGGUAGAUGAAUUCAAACGUGAUCAAGGUCUGGACAUCCGUAAAGACGCAAUGGCCAUGCAGAGACUAAAGGAGGCCGCUGAGAAGGCCAAGAUUGAACUCUCUGGCUCGCUACAGACGGACAUCAACCUGCCGUACCUCACUAUGGAUUCAUCGGGACCAAAACACAUGAAUCUCAAGAUGACACGUUCCAAGCUAGAAUCAUUAGUUGAGGGUCUCAUCAAAAGGACAGUGAGUCCGUGCCAGAAGGCCCUUCAGGAUGCCGAGGUGGCUCGAGCUGAUGUCGGAGAGGUUCUGCUUGUGGGAGGAAUGACCAGGAUGCCAAAGGUCCAGCAAACCGUUCAAGAGAUCUUCGGUAGGGCUCCGUCCCGAGCUGUGAACCCUGAUGAGGCCGUGGCCGUGGGGGCUGCGGUCCAGGGCGGAGUGCUAGCUGGUGACGUCACUGACAUCCUGCUCCUCGACGUGACACCCUUAUCAUUGGGCAUUGAGACACUCGGUGGAGUGUUCACUAAACUUAUCACAAGGAACACAACCAUACCCACCAAGAAGAGUCAGGUGUUCUCAACAGCCGCUGACGGGCAAACCCAGGUUGAGAUCAAAGUGCAUCAGGGUGAACGUGAGAUGGCCUCGGACAACAAGCUGUUGGGGCAGUUCUCAUUGGUUGGUAUACCACCCGCGCCGAGAGGAGUGCCGCAGAUUGAGGUCACGUUUGAUAUUGAUGCUAACGGGAUAGUGCAUGUGUCGGCCAGGGACAAGGGAACCGGCAAGGAGCAGCAGAUCGUGAUCCAAUCAUCGGGCGGUCUAUCCAAAGACGAGAUCGAGAACAUGGUGAAGGCAGCGGAACAGUUCGCAGCGGCUGAUAAGACGAGGAGGGAGCGAGUGGAGGCUUGCAACCAGGCCGAGGGAGUGUUACACGACACGGAGACCAAGAUGGACGAAUACAAGGCGCAGCUACCGCAGGAUGAGUGUGACAAGCUUCGUGAAGAAAUGGCCAAGUUGAGAGAUCUGCUCGCUCAGAAGGAUUCCGUUGAACCAGAACCUGUUAGACAAGCUACUGCAUCCUUACAGCAAGCUAGUCUCAAGCUGUUCGAGCAAGCAUACAAGAAGGUAAUAUAUAUAUACAUAUGUAUAUGUGUUUGUUACACUAACUCCUAA